AUGGGAGUGGCCCAGAACAGAGUUGAAAGAAUAACCAAGACGCAACUUGGCGCCAGCAAAUUUGGCACGCAUUGUUUUCCAAGCGACUUCAGUCUUGUGCUGUCACUGGCUGUUGCCUUAAUGAGGUUGAUGGUAUCGAAACCUCGUAUAUAUAUUAGCGCGCUUAUUUUGGGAGUCAUUGUCGUUGCAGUGGCCCUGCGCAGCUUGUCAAAGUUCUCCCAUUCCACUCUAGUCUCGAGAGGGAACAGAGGGCUAGAGUUACACGCUUUUUAUAACGUUUUCUGGAACUCAGGGACGCCACGUAUAGCGCAAGAGCAACUAUCCUGGCUCGAAUCAAGCGGAAUCAAAAUCGAUGCUCUGCACGUGUUCGCUUUCGGGACUAACCUGUCAGGGUUGGAAAGAAUCGAGAAGUGGACAAGUGCACCAGUCGUAUACGAGCAGUUGAGCCCGAUCGGGAACGAGGAAGUUACGCUUGCGGCUCUACACAGGUUCUGCACAGUUGCGGAACUGAAAGGCAAAAGUGUCUUCGUUUUAUACUUCCAUCCAAAGGGUUCGUUUCAUCCGAGCAUUCGAAAUGAAAAGUAUCGACAAGCCGUUGGGCAUUAUGUGCUGCGAAAGCCCCAGGGUUGCCUGAGCGCCAUGGCGCUUCAAUCAUGCGACGCUUGUAGUCUCCGCUUCUCAGAGUAUCCGCACGCUCAUUUUCCUGGGAAUAUGUGGUGGGCAAACUGUAGUUAUAUCUCCAUGCUGUAUGCGCCGGAUAUUCCGAGAACAGAGCUCAAGUCUGCAAAGCUUCCGGAAUAUUGCAUAGGGCUCGGUCGGUUUGCUAGUGAACACUGGAUUGGUUCGCACCCUCAACUAAGACCAUGCGACUGCUUCCCCGUCACUGAGGACGCAUUUUACUGGUAUGGGUUCUCGGGUCUCGAUGGUGUCCACCGUCUGAUGAACAGUACGAUGGACUGCAGGCGGGGGCCGCGUCCGAAUAUAAUUGAGAUUGCGCGAAAAAAAGGAUACGAUGUCGAGCUUAACCUACGCUGCCGUGAAGUUUCGGCCGCAGGCGACAGACGCGCCUAUGGCUUUGAAACUACGUCGAGCUAA